UGCUUCAUACAGUCACCUGUGUUUUGAAAACUAAUACAUUUUGGAUUAAUGCACAGAUGUCAAAAUGGAUACGAUCUCGCUGUGGAGUCUCCUGUUGGUCGUUUUUGGUCAUCAACCCUCCAGACUGUUGGCUCAAAGAAAUACAGAAUUUGCAGUGGACCUUUAUCAAGCAGUGUCCGUGUCUCAUAAGGACAACAUUGUAUUUUCCCCCCUCGGAGCAACUUUGGUUCUUGGAAUGGUACAACUGGGAGCAAAAGGCAAAGCACAGCAGCAGAUAAGGCAAAGCCUGAGACUGCAGGACGCCCCAGCCGGAGAAGAAUUUUCGGUACUGAAGUCAUUUUUCACCUCCAUCUCAGAGAAAAAACAAGAAUUUACAUUUAAUCUUGCCAGUGCCCUCUACCUUCAAGAUGGAUUCGCUGUGAAUGAACAGUAUCUCCAUGGCAACAAAGAAUUUUUUCAGAGCGCUAUCAAACUGGUGGAUUUUCAGGAUGCAAAGGCUUGUGCGGAAACGAUAAGUACCUGGGUAGAAAGCAAAACCGAGGGAAAAAUUAAAGACAUGUUUUCAGGGGAAGAUUUUGGCCCUCUGACUCGCCUUGUCCUGGUGAAUGCUAUUUAUUUCAAGGGGGAUUGGAAACAGAAAUUCAGAACAGAGAACACCCAGCUGAUGAAUUUUACUAAGAAAGAUGGUUCCGCAGUCCAGAUUCCAAUGAUGAAGGCUCUUCUAAGAACAAAAUACGGGUAUUUUUCUGAAUCUUCUAUACACUAUCAGGUUCUGGAACUGCCUUAUAAGGAUGAUGAAUUUAGUUUCAUCAUCAUACUUCCUGCAAAAGAACUGAACGUGGAGGAAGUAGAGAAACGGAUUACCGCUCGCCAAAUCCUGAAAUGGCUCUCUGAGAUGCAGGAAGAGGAAGUGGAAAUAAGCCUCCCAAGAUUUAAAGUAGAACAAAAAUUAGACUUUAAAGAAGCUUUGUAUUCUUUGAACGUAACUGAGAUAUUUAGUGGCGGCUGCGACCUUUCUGGACUAACAGAUUCAUCUGAAGUGUUUGUUUCCCAAGUUAUGCAAAAAGUUUUCUUUGAGAUAAAUGAAGCUGGCAGUGAAGCCGCAGCAUCAACAGGUGUACACAUCCCCGUGAUCAUGAGUCUGACUCAAAACCAAUUUACAGUAAACCAUCCAUUUUUGUUUAUUAUGAAGCAUAACCCGACAGAGUCAAUUUUGUUCAUGGGAAGGGUCACAAAUCCUGACACCCAGAAGAUGAAGAGAAGAGAUUUAGAUUCACUGUGAAUAAAAAGCUGAACCUCAGCAUAGAAGAUGAUUCCUGGAAAAUAGUUGAUUGGCAAAA